AUGACCGAUGAACUCGCGUUUCAGACGAUGUUCUGCAUGGAGCACGUGCCACAAACUCGCGAAGGUGUGCUUACCAAUCUGGCCGUGUUUCGUAAGGUAUUCGUCGACCGGGAUGAAAACCAUCUGCUCGCUAAACUCUAUCAGCAAGGUGAAACCGGCGACUUGUCGAUGCGCAUCGGUAGCCUGCUUUUUCAUCAUAUCGGUCAACUGCUGCCUCACCAGCUGGACGAUUUUCACAACAAGGAUUUCAUCUAUCCGGUGAGGAUGUUUGCCAUAACUGUUUUCCUGUGGAUAUGUUGUCACGCAAGCUGGACGAUAUUCCUUCACGUUUGCUGGAUAGUAGGAUAUUCUGUGACGAGGAUCUACUGGUCAAGAAAACAUCUGCGGAGACGAGAGCAGUAUCACUGCAGCAUCGCCGACGUGAACGGCAAGCCUCAAUUCUAUGUUACUUGUAAAGAUCCGUUUCUGUCAGAGGUUGUUUACCAGGCACCGAACGCAACAGAACUGUGGCGCGACAAUAUAUUGGAGCCACUGCAGAAUCGUCGUUUGAACUCUGAUUUACUGAAAUUGUUUCCGAUGUACAUAAGCGGCGAGAAUUUGUUCGGAUUUAUGGAGCUAAGUGUCCAGAAGAUGAUCGAAUCGGUAGGAUCAGGUUUUAUCGACAUUCUUUAUUGUUGUGCGUUACAUACGCGUUUGCCUGGCGUAAACAAGUUGUUGACGUACGAUUUCAAAAACGGUCGAGCUCCGUUGAUGGACUUGCCGUUGGCUGUGAAUCCUAGCUGUUGCGCUAGGUGUGAACCGAGGUUCAGGACGUACGUCAAAAGAUCCCAUAUGCUCAACGCGCACGCCAAUCACUCAAUCCAAAGCUUGCUAGCUUUAAGUGGUCUGUCGACCGACGCAUUACUGUGUACUUUCGGUGGUCGGCAGAGUCUGGCGUCCAAAUGGUCGCAGUAUCGCAAGAUGAAGCAGGAAUGGCAGAAUAACGUCUACUUGGCGAGAAGCAAAAUUCAGGGUCUCGGCUUGUACGCGAAGCGAGACAUCGAAAUGAGCGUCAUGAUCAUCGAAUACAUUGGCGAAAUCAUUCGCAAUGAGGUCGCGGAACGUCGAGAGAAGAACUACCGCGAACGAAACAGAGGCAUAUACAUGUUUCGCAUCGAUCCAGAACGUGUAAUCGACGCAACUAUGGCUGGCGGUCCUGCCAGAUACAUCAAUCACUCCUGUGACCCAAACUGCGUUGCUGAACUGGUGCAGCUGGACAAAGAAUCGAAAAUCGUCAUUAUGUCCUGUAGGCCGAUAUCCAAGGGUGAAGAGUUGACCUACGACUAUCAGUUUGACUUCGAAGACGACGAAAACAAGAUUCCCUGCCUCUGUGGUGCUCCAAAUUGUAGAAAGUGGAUGAACUGA